CACGCAGCCACCCGCGCCGCCGGCCAUGGCCGCCAACGUGGAGGCCGACGCGCCCGCCGCGCCGGCGGCGGCCUACAGCGCCGCCGGCACCAACGACGUGGGCGCGCUCAUGAGCGCCGACGCCGAGGACGAGUCGCUGCGGAAGUACAAGGAGCAGCUCCUGGGCGCGGCGGCCAAGGGCGACCUCGGCGACACGUCGGACCCGCGGAAGCUCAUCGUCGUCGAGUUCCGCAUAGCCUUCAACGACGCGACGCCGGACCUCGUCUUCAACCUCGACACGCUCGCGGGGAAGGAGAAGCUGAAGAAGACGGGCGUGUCGAUCAAGGAGGGCGCCGAGUACAAGUUCAAGCUCAGCUUCCGCGUCCAGCACGAGAUCCUCGCGGGCCUCAAGUUCUGCAACAAGACGAAGAAGAUGGGCAUGUCCCAGAGCGACGAGCUCAUGAUCGGCUCAUACCCGCCGGGCGCCGAGCCCCACGUCUUCGAGUUCCCGCGCAACGACUGGAUGGAGGCGCCCAAGGGCAUGAUGUACCGCGGCUCCUACACGGCGACGGACAAGUUCGUCGACUCCGACGGCAAGACGCACCUCGAGUACUCCUACCCGCUCAAAGUCACGAAGUAGGCGGUCGAUCGCGCGCGCGGCGUUUACUUCGUACUAGAAUGGCAUCCCGAG